GUUCAAUAGAUGUUGACAGUGGUGGAAAGUCUGAAUCAUUUCCGAGAAUCGGUUCAUUAAAACAGUUAUUUUUAAAGACCCGUUAAAAAGCAAUUCAGCAAUUAUUUUACGACAUAACAACGCCGGAUAUGUGAAACAUGCUGUUCUCGGUUCAGACUCAGAGUGACUUAUUCAAACUUAUUCUCCGAAAGAUCCGAUUCAAAAGUUUCACGAACCGUUUCAGCCUAAAUGUCCAGGUUUCUCUCAUCAGCAAAGUCAUUUCACAAUUGUGCGCAAAUGACUCUUUCAAACGUGAGAAACUCUUGCUAUAUAAGUCAAGUAGUUUUUGACAGUGUGCUCGUAGGUCCGCGAAUCGGUUCAUUCAAAUCAGUUUAUUUUAAGAACUGUUUAAAAAAGAACGAUUGAUUCAGCUCACAAACAAAGUAAUUUAGAACAUCAAAAAAUAUUCAUUAGUAUAAUAUACAUUCCGAAACUUGAUUAUAUUCAUAUCAGCUAAGUUAUGUUUCGGUUCUUGGUUCAUAAUUCUAAAGGUGUCGGUUGCACUGCGAAUCGAAUCGGUUUAGUGAUUCACAAAUCGCGACAGUAUAUCCCUAACCGGCAAGGGUUUAUUGUCGUUGUGAUGAUGCCAAUAUCAUUUCAAAUUUGUGUCGCCUCUGAUUAGUGUGUUUUAACUUCCCCAAAUGUAUGUAAAAGCGUUAAAGCGAAGUGCAGUAGCAGGCUGUGUUUCAAAACCCAUUGAACCGACUACCUAGACCUACACAGCCUAUUUGGGCAGCGAGGGCGCGUCUGGGACGCUUGAAAAGCUGAUACGAACGCGUCCCGACUGCGCAAACGACUCACAAAAACAAACGGGAGCGUUGCAAGUGCACGAACGACGCCCAGAAAUGCUUUCUAGGCAGGCAGCGCGGUCGUUUUUGACACACCACCAUAACGUCCAGUGACAGGCGUGCACGGUGCAUGCGUGCUGCUGGAGUCAGUCAGUGACGUUCUUGUCCCAGAAUGCUGCCUGGUAAACAGACAUGGAAGCACCUGGUAAAGACCUCCACAGUCACUGAGCACUGCACUCGCUCUUUGAACUGAUCUUCAUUUCCAAUACGCCCUAAAGCCUGCGCCUUUGUUCUCUCUAGAGCUCAACCGGGACCUCUGAAGUCCAGGGCACUGAUUCCCUCACCAGUGGCAGUCUGGAAUCACCAUAGCUGAUGAGGAUCUACUUGACUUGACCAGUUUUGUUGCAAUUUUUACUUUUGACAAGCGGAAAGAAUGUCGGAAAGGGCCGAUGAUGACGUCAGGGGGGGCCAGCAGCAGCAGCAGCGCAGAGCGGCCAGGCAGCUGAAGCAGCGGGGAGAAGCCUCCACAGCAAUGGCGACUGUUGCGGAGCGCAGAUCCCUGCCUAGUCCUGAAAUAAUGCUGGGACAGCCUUGGAACAGCUGGGUCGAUGCUGUGAAACUCUACGGGAGCGACGGUACAGAAUUGGAGGAAAGUUUGAAAGAGUGCGGGAAAAAUCGUGAAGCCAUGAGACUCUGCAGAGACGACAUGCCCAUCUUUGGCCAAUGUCCUUCCCAGGAUGACUUCUACUUGGUCAUGUGCAGCCACUGCAGUCAUGUAGUCAAACCCCAAGCCUUCCAAGCACACUACAAGAGAAGACACAGCUCCAGCAGCAAGCCCCCAGCCAGCUAUGCCGCCCCUGCUGCGUUUGCAAACUCUCGAAGUAAGGGCAGCCUUGGGGGUGGAGUCGGGUUCGGGAGUGGUAGUACACUUGCACGCCCCUCCGUUGUAAACAACAGCACCCCCACUAAAAUCUUAAAAUCAACCAAAGAGAAGAUGCCUCACCGGAAGCCUCACUUCCCCUAUAGGGUGCCGCAAGAAGAGAGCCCAAUUCCUACAGUCAAAGGUCCAGAGAAAGGUCCAGAGAAGGUCAAUUGGAAGGUGGAAUCUUCACCCAAACUCCCCCAUGUGCCCACCUCUUCUUUCACUUCCUCCUCCUCUUCCUCCAAUACUUUGUCAGGCCUUAACUUCCCCUCCAUACCAAAGGCUUCACAGCUGGCCUCUGGUCAGAUUCCCAAUGGAAAGGGCCACCUCUUGUCCCAAGAAAAGAAACAGGACAGCAGCAGUGCCAUUAGCAGAAGACCUUUGUACAAGAGACAAGAGCGAGAGUUUAAUCCAGAUGUCCAUUGUGGGGUUAUGGAUAUGACAGCACGUAAGCCAUGCACAAGAUCCUUAACAUGCAAGACACAUUCCAUAAGCCAGAGGAGGGCGGUGCUCGGGCGACGGCAACGCUUUGACACGCUUCUCGCUGAGCACAAGAGCAAAGCACGUGACAAGGAGCUGCAGUUCAGGUUGGACCCUUCACACCCAGCACCCCCUCUCAGGGACCCUCACCCUCCCCCCUCCCGCAUCUCACAAGACCUUCACCCGGCCUCCCAUGGCAAUGGCACUGCCGAUGCCACUAAGCCUUUGCCCCACAGCAAACCCAAACCUCAUAAUUCGGGGCUUCCACGACUCAACAGUAGUAACUCUCAUAGUGGAGGAGACCCAGCCAUGGUCCACGACCAGGCCCAUCAUUCUCACCCAGCCCCUGUUGGCACAGAGACCAGCCACCUCUCCAGUGAUGAGGGGGAGAACGAGGAGAGAGAGGAGGCCACCGAGAAACUGGACUGCCAUUAUUCAGGUUACCACCCACGACCAGCUGCUUUCUGCACUUUUGGAAGUCGAUUGUACGGUAGAGGUUGUUACGCGUUCGACCGACGCUGGGAUCAAGUACGGUGCGCUCUCACCACCAUGUUUGACAAGCAUGUCAACUCACAAUUGUGGAAGAAAAUCCCUCUGGCGAUGGAGAACUCCGCAACAACAGUGACAACCUCUCACCGGACAAGCACAAACUCCCAUUCUUCCUCAUCCUCCUCCAUUUCUGCAGGGUUUCUCAGCUUGUCCUCACCACCGCCUUAUGACAGCAAGCCAGUCCUGUCAUAUGGCACCACCCUGAAUGCCCGCUCUUCUCCACAAGCCUCCUCCACUGAGCAGCCCGCCUACAGUAGCACUUCUAGACAAGUGUCAGCCUCAUCACCCCAGAUGCCUUCAGCCCACUCGUCCUCGCUACCCUCAUUGGGCUCCAACAGACCCCUUAAAUCCCGAUCCAGUACAAAGUCCUUUAAGGCUCGGGAGCCAUCCUCCAGCCUAAGUAACUCUGUCAUCAAGGGCAGUACCAACAGCAGUGCUAGCAUCAGCGGUAGUCUCAGUUCAGGCAAGAAGCGGAAAAAUAGUUCCCUGCUUACCACCAAUAGCACUUACACCUCUGACUCCUUCUCAUCCUCAUCUUUUAAGAAGAACUGUGCGGUAAACUCGGUUAGCCUUGGCAGUGCCUACCACACAUCGCUUGCCUCCACCCCCUCUUCAUCUUCAUCGUCAUCAACGUUGUCAUCAUCCCACAGUGGGGUUUACAGCGUGGGGGUAAAUUGCACCCCAGGCAGGGCCAACUCUUUGAGCUUGAAGCAGGAUUCGACAGGACGUGGCCCUCCCUCAGGCAGUCCAGCUGAGUCCAUUAAACGCAUGAGCGUAGUGAUGAACAGCAGUGACUCCACCCUCUCCCUCGGGCCAUUUGUUCACCAGAGCAGCGAUCAUCAUGCAGAUUCACGUCUAGAAGCCAAAAGGAGGAAGGGCUCACCUGGCUCUAGUAGCCUCAACAGCACAGUGUCAGGAGCAGGAGUGGGAGGAGGACAAGGUCCUGGCAGGCCCAAAAUGGCCAAGUCUCCAUCAAUCAACAACAUCCACAGCAAGCACGUUCGCUCUAUACCUGGACCCCCAGGGCUCCCUAACAAUUCACUCAUACAUCAGCCAAAGGCUCGUCCCUGACACAGGUGAGGAGGCUCUGAGCAUGCUGAGCAGUAGGCUGGACCCAGAGCUCCCUCAGCCCCCUCAUGUCACUCUGCACGAGGCCUUCUUUUUCUCUUACUCUUCCCACAAUCCUCAGGGUGGAAUGCACACUGGGUGGCCCAUUGAUGUCCUUCGUGAGGAUUUCCUCCCAAAGCCAUGCAGGGGCACUCUCCGGGGAUAGGAUAAUAAGCCAGACAGAUACAGUUCUCCUGUCGGAGGUUAUAAUGAAUCUAUACAAUGCACCAUUGGGUACAAAGCCUGCUGCGUAGAGCAUGAGCUGCCCAGCCUGAGCACUUGCGCUGGGGUCAGAACAGGUACAGAUUUGAGCUGGUGCGUAGCCUCGCCAACACUACCAAGCAUAGGACAGAUGUGCGACGUGAACAACAUGAGUGGCUUUACUGAUAUUCUUCAGUAUGUUAGCUUGAAGGUGUGGACAUACGAGAACAUACUGGACAUACUGGAAACUGUAAUCCUACUCAGCCUUGGAGGAAGUGUACAGGAGAGCAACAUCCCUGAAGUUAGACACACAGUCAACUUAAGUUAGUCAUACACAUGAUCUCUCACUGGAAGGCUGUAUUAGAUUGAGCUAAACUCACUGCGGAUACAGAUAGACAUGACAGGAGUGGAGUUUCAAAAUGAGCAACCUAAACUUAAAGAUUAUGCAAACUAGACAUUUUUUAGACCAAAUUUUGUUUACAGGUUAGCAGAUGUAUAGCAAACAGAACAAGAUAUUUAUCAUAUACAAUUUUCCAUUUAUUUUUGAAAAGUGUUCAAUUAGAUUUUGUUUUAUUUCAAGGGGAUUUUUUUUUUGACUUCUUUCAGAUAAGCUAAAAGAGAGUUCUUUUAGGCUGAUUUAUUGCAAUUUCUUUUUUACAGAACAAUCCAACCCCUAAAUCAAACUCUGAACACCUUGUAUUAACUCGAAAGCACUAGUUUUUGGUGUUGCCUAGCCUAGCAUGUCUUUACUGAAUCCUGAGCAACAGUCGUCUCUUGAAGCUCCAGAAAACACUGUAAUCCUCUUAAAAAACCAUGCCUUGGACAACACAGAUAUUUUAGGUACAUUAAGGGCUUGAUUCAGUGAACCUUUUAGCACAUGCAAAAAUUGCUCGUGUCAGAGCAAAAUGAGAGACGGCAGGUGAUGCUUCAUCUCAUCUACCCAUCGUAGCACUAAAGAAACAUGUGCUGUAAUCUUAAUGUACUCAAAUCUGCAGUCUCGCUCACAUGAUUGUAGGAGAGUUUCCUAGUGAAGAUGCCUUAGGCAUGAUAUCGUUUCAGUCUCAGAAAGGGGCUCGUGGCUAGUUGGCGUUGAGCCAUAGACCAACAUGACAGACACACUAUCAUCUCAGCAAUGGAGUAGACAUCUACACGACUCUCAAUACUGUGAACUAGUCUGGCCAGCACCAUCUCAUCCAAUAACCACUACCUUUUACUGCGACUGAACGUUCCUGCAUUGAUCCCACACAAA